AUGGGUUUCGUUGGCAAUGCCAUCUACUACAGCUUCCACCCUCUCCAAUUGAGGUCCAUUAUCCAAUGGAAAGUCUGGCACAACCCGCCUCAUGAGCGCAACCCCGCGAAUGAGACUCAGACUCAGAAGGACUGUUUCAAGUUCCUGGACCUGACGAGCCGAAGCUUCAGCGCUGUCAUCAAGGAGCUGCACUCGGAGCUUUUGCUGCCCGUCUGCGUCUUCUACCUCGUCCUCCGUGGUCUGGACACCAUCGAGGACGACACCUCCAUCCCGCUCGCGACCAAGGAGCCACUGCUUCGCGGAUUCAAGGAUAUCUUGACCAAGGAUGGAUGGAACUUCACUGGAAACAGGAAGGAGGAGAAGGACCGAGAGCUGCUGGUUCAGUUCCCCUGUGUCAUCACCGAGUUCAUGAACAUGAAGCCGGCCUACCAGGCCAUCAUCAAGGACAUCACCGACAAGAUGGGCAACGGUAUGGCUGACUACUGCCGAAAGGCUGAGGAGUCCGAUGCCAGCGUGAAGACGGUUGAGGAAUACGACCUGUACUGCUUCUACGUUGCCGGUCUGGUCGGCGAGGGUCUGACCCGCCUGUUUGUUGAGGCCGAGUUGGCCAAUCCGGCCUUGAUCCAGCGCCCCCACCUUCACAAGUCAAUGGGUCUUUUCCUACAGAAGACCAACAUCAUCCGAGACAUCCGAGAGGACUUUGAUGAUAACCGUCGCUUCUGGCCCAAGGAGAUCUGGUCCAAGCAUGUGGCUGACUUUGAGGACCUCUUCAAGCCGGAGCACAAGGAGGCUGCCCUCAACUGCAACUCCGAGAUGAUCCUCAAUGCUCUGGAGCAUGCCGAGGAGUGCCUUUUCUACCUGGCUGGUCUCCGGGAGCAGAGUGUGUUCAACUUCUGUGCCAUCCCCCAGGCCAUGGCCAUUGCCACGCUGGAGCUGUGCUUCCGCAACUACGACAUUUUCGAGCGCAACAUCAAGAUCACCAAGGGCGAUGCCUGUGAUCUGAUGUUCGCCUCAACCCAGAAUCUUCGUGUUCUUUGCGAUCGCUUCCGCGACCUGACCCGCAAGAUCCACAAGAAGAACACCCCCAAGGACCCCAAUUUCCUCAAAAUCAGCAUUGUCUGUGGCCAGAUCGAAAAAUUCAUCGAGACUAUCUUCCCGACCCAGAAUGCUGAGGAAGCCAACCGCAAGGUCAAGGGCGUUCUCUCCGAGGAACAGCUCCAGCGCCAGAGGGAAGAUGCCGAGAACAAGAGCGAUAUCUAUUUCAUGAUGGCACUGAUGGGCUGCAUCGUCCUCUUCGUUGCCGGUACCAUGAUGUUCUUUGCCUGGAUGAUGGGUGCCCGGUUCGACCUCGCCUUCCAAGAAGUCAUGAGCGGCAACUUCCGGCCGCCUGCCUCGUCCGCGUCCGCCAUUCGGAACGAACUCUGA